AUGUCUGCCGGAGACUUCCCAACUCUUUCCUCAGCACUCCUUGUCUACACAAAACUCAUCAGACAGGUUGACUCACUCAUGCAGUCGGACACCACAAUUCUCAAUUCUGAGGUCUUGGCCGGACUCAAAGCAUGCAAAGUGAAGCUGGAGAAGUAUUUUGAUAAGUCGACAUACGAAUCAGAGUAUUACUAUGCUGCUACUGGUACAUUGUCAUUCCUAACUCACACCAUAGUGCUCAAUAGUCAUGGCUAG